GGAGGAGAAAGAGGAAUUAAUGAUUUCUCUUGCUGGAUUUUUUUUACUUCAUUCCUUUUUUAUUUCCUUUAUCUUUUUAUUAUGCCCAUAUUUGUUUUUGGCUUUUUUUCUUCCUUCUUCAUUACUUGCUUGGGUCCGGCGUGCGUGCGUGAGUGCGUGCUCGCGGACAAUUCAGCGUCGUCGAUCCUGUACAUAUUCUAUCUGCAAGUCAUGAUACAGCAAGAUCUUGGAGUGCGGCGAAUCACAGGCCAAGCAAUAGUGAAUUUGAUGGGCUCGGAGCGCCAUGCAUAUCAUCCCGCAUAGUCUGGAGAGAGGGAGGGAGGAAGGGAGGGGAAGGG